AUGCAAAGUGCCGAAAAAAGCAGCGAGAACGCUACUCUAGAUCAAGAAGAGCUACCCAGCAGGUUUGAGGUCGAGCUGGAAUUUGUGCAAGCUCUCGCGAAUAUACCAUAUGUUACACACCUACUGACCCAGCAUCAGCUGUGGCAGGAUCCAAAGUUUAAGGAAUACCUCAAAUACCUUGAGUAUUGGUGCGAGUCCCCAUACGUGCAGUAUAUCGUAUAUCCAAACUCAUUAUUCGUGCUAAAACUACUCAAUGGCUUCCUGGAAAAAGCUGAAACCAAUGAGGACGGCAUUCUAGAGGGCGCAGAGGAGCUGCCCAAGAUACUGCAAAUGCAUGGUGGCCAGCUCAUGAACGACAUGGUCGAACGAUGGAAGGCAUAA